UGUUUGCGCAAAACCGAUUGCCUUAAAAUCCGUGAACAAAAUUGUUAAUGCCUAAUGGUCAACCAGCAGUUAACGUGACAAAUAUAUAAUAUAAUGAUGAAAAUAUUAUUAGGUGGUAACUUCAACUGUCAUAUCCCCAAAAUAAAAUACCUAAGUGUGCGGCUAAUAUCUUCAGUGAGAGGCAGUAAUAGUAAACAACUUGACAACUUUAAUCAACACAGUUUACACUUUACAACUUUUCUUGUCUCUUUAACCUUGGCGAUAAAGAUAUGCAUUGGUCCCUAGUUUGGGCUAUUUAUUUAAUAUAAUUGUAAUUAAAGUUCAAAUGAUCUUUAUAUUUAGCAAUGAAUGCCUUCUAAUAGUUAAGUGUCACCAAAGUCUUAUCUGUAUUAGUCUUUGGGGUACGGGAGGACCUCGUGUGGUGUCUGGAGAAGCUUAGUUAUAAAAUGACUAGUUCUGGACUUAAGUUUGCUCAGUUAGAACUUGAGAAAUAUGGAUGGAAAGAAGGUAAAGGCUUGGGCCGAGAGGAGAGUGGAAUGACCAAGGCCAUCAAACCAAAGCUUAAGUUUGAUAGUUCUGGUCUUGGUCAUGAUAUUGCAGAGGAGUUCAAGUUUCACUGGUGGGACCAUGUAUUUAAUGAGACUGCAGCGAAUAUCUCCGUUGACAAAACUCAGUAUGGAUCGGUGCAGCUCUCCAGGAAGAAGGAAGUAAUACAUGUGAACAAGAAGAAAUCAAGUGUGGAUAACAAAGCAAAACUCUAUGGAAGUUUUGUGGAGGGUGGCAUUCUACUUGGUGGAAAUGAAGAGAAAGAGAAAUCCGAGAGUGAGGAGUCUGAACACGAGCAAAAAUUUUCACACCAACUAACAGAUGAGGAACUGUUCAAGAUAUGUGGUGGACGAACUGCACACAAGGGAGCUCGACACGGCCUGAACAUGUCGGCCAAGCUGGCAAGGUCAGAAGAACUGGAACGUUUAUGGAUGCAGAAAUGGGCUACUUCAGAUGAGCAGGCCCAACAGGAACCUGUUGAGGGUGAAACCAAAGAGAAAAAGAAGAGAAAGAAACAAAAACAAAAUCGAGGUGAAGACAUAUCCGAGAUAGAUACAAUGUUCGAUGUUAAAUUAACAAAAGAGAAAAAAGUGAAAGUACAUAAGAAUGAAAACACAAAUUUUACCACUAAAGACUUAGAACGGAGUGGAAUGAGUAAUAAAUUAAAAAAGCGAAAAAGAGACGGUGGCAGUGCAUUGGAGUCUCCCUUAGAGGUAGUGAAAAAUGAAUCUUCUAAUGAUCAUAAUUGUUCUGAAGAGUUAACAAAUGAGGAUAUUGAACAACCAGAGUCUCAGGACAGUGAAAUGAACAGGUGUAAGAGAAAGGAAAAGAAGAAAAAGAGAAAAAAUAAAGAAACUGCUGUGGAUGACACAAAUGAAUGUGCAGGUGAUGGAAAGGAAAUGAAGAAGAAAAAAAGAAAGAAAGUAAAAUGUGCUGGAGAGAAAGAAAACAGUUGUACUGAAGUAGAAGAACAGGAGGCAAAAAUAGUUAAAGAGGAAAUAGAAGUAAACCAAGUAUGUUCUGAAAGUGAAACAACAGAACCAAAGAAGAAGAUGAAGAAGAAACUCAAGGACAAUGAUGAUAAGGUACAGCACACUGAAGGAAAUAGUGAGGUAGUACAAGUAACCCAGAAAAAGAAGAAAAAAAGAAGAGACACUUAAUAACCAGUAGGCCAUGUUGAAGUGGAUUUCAUGUUGCCAGUAUUUCUAGGGAGGAGCACAAUACCUGUACUGUAUGUAGUAUCUUUAAAACCAAUAUAUCCAUAGUGAAAAUAA